CUUGCAUAUUCAAAGUUUACCUACCUACCUUAUCCAGCAACAAGUCCUAAAAAAACAAAAGCACAGAAUCUUUAAUAGUCGUCAAAGUCAAACUGAUGAUAUGAUGCACGACCGCAGGUAGUGGUAUAUUACAGUUAUAUAUCGCAACCCAGUAGCAAGAAGAAAAGGAAGAAGAAGCUACGUAAUAUUGUUAAAAUUGAUCCUUGAGACCUUGAGACCUUGAGGUCUAUCAGAGCCCACCAACCCAUCUCAACCCACCAAAUCCUAUGUAUAAGACAGUCUCGGCUUUCAAGGAAUAUUUAAUUCAUACGACGCAUGGGGUCAUAAUAUUGAAUUACCCAGACUUAUCCUACGCUUAGUCGUACACUUCGAGACGAUGGCAGGCAACAGCGAUUUCGAUAUAGGCCAGCUCUCUCCGGAGCAGCAGUCCGCCCUCGAACAAUAUACACAGGUUACCGCACAAGAUAUCAAGGAUGCGGUACCAUUAUUACAGAGGUCGCAAUGGAAUGUGCAAAUAGCAAUAGCGAAGUUCUUUGAUGGAGAAGGUCCCGAUCCCGUAGCCGAAGCUAUGGCUACUCAGAACGAUAUUCCCCGACAAGCAGCGAGACACGAGAACUUGCAAGAAAGCUUCUCAGCAUCUGCGCGGCCUUUCGGACAUUCGCUACCACGGAUCAGACCAGAUCCUGCUCCGAGGAUCGUACCGCAACCUCAGACGACUACUCGCCUACCCUUUGUCCUAACCAUCCUAUUCGCCCCAUUCAACCUUGGAUAUAAAGCCGUCUCGACGCUCGUCCGCACCUUCAUGUACAUACUCGCAUUCCUUCCCCCAUCUAUACGGCCCCGCAUGAUAACUACGAGCAUGACGAGCGGGUGGAAGGGCACUAUGGGCCGGCGCAUGCUGAUGCCGCGCGAUACAGCCGCUCGGUUCAAGCGGGAAUUCGAGGAGGAGUACGGAAAUGACAGCCUGCCUUUCUUCGAGGGCGGUUUCGCGCAAGCCCUAGAUCUAGCUAAAAAAGAGCUUAAGUUCCUCCUGAUAGUGCUCAUGUCACCCGAACACGACGACACGGAGUCCUUCACGCGCGAGACCCUACUCUCGCCGGACGUCGUCAACUUUGUCAACGACCCGAGCAAUAACAUCAUCCUGUGGGGCGGCAACGUCCUCGACUCCGAGGCGUACCAAGUCGCCGCCGAGUACAACUGUACCAAGUUCCCCUUCUCGUGCCUGGUGUGUCUGACCCCCAAGGAGGGCAGCACCCGCAUGAGCAUCGUCAAGCGUCUAGGCGGUCCCUUGCCCCCCGCCACUUACCUCGCCGAGAUCCAGACCGCGAUCAACAAGUACGCGCCCGACCUCGCCGGCGCCCGCGCCGAGCGCACCGCUAACGAAGUCGCCCGCAACCUGCGCACCGAGCAGGACUCGGCGUACGAGCGCUCCCUAGCCCGGGAUCGCGAACGCGCCCGCCAGCGCAGGGAGGCCGAAGCCGCUGCCGCCGAGGCCGAGAGGCAAGCCCGCGAACGCGCCAAGGCCGCGGAGCGCCGCGCCGCCCAGCGCCUGCAGUGGCGACGCUGGCGCGCGGGGACCCUGGCUCCGGAACCCGAGGCCUCCGCCGAGAACGUUGUGCGCCUCGCCCUCAAGAUGCCCGACGAGGCGGGCGGGCGCAUCGUGCGACGGUUCGCGGGCACGACGACGGUGGAGGAAUUGUACGCCUUUGUCGAGUGCUACGACCUGCUCCAGGGGGGAGAGGCCCAGAUCGACGACGACAACGACGUGGAGCAGCCGGAGGGCUACGAGCACGACUACAAGUUCCGCAUCGCGUCGCCCAUGCCGCGCGUCGUCUACGAGCCGGACGCCGCGUCCACCCUGGCCGAUACCAUUGGCAGGUCGGGUAACUUGAUCGUCGAGAGCAUCAUCCCCGAUAACGAAGAGUCGGAUGACGAUGGUGACGAUGAUGGUCUAGGUGCCGUGUAGAAUAAUAAUUAAAUUAAAUAGAGUUGGGCAGACUCAACUCGUCUCAAUAAUAACUUUAGCAGAAUAGAACAGCUACUAUGCCAGUACGUACCUGGUACUGCUGUCAUUGAAAUAACCACUAUUCACAAAGGC